AUGAAUGUUCUGUCAAAACUCCUGAAUCUGGCUGCAUCAAAAGGCUUGAUUAAAUAUCAUCCUAAAUGUAAGCGUAUUGGUCUCACUCAUCUCUCAUUCGCUGAUGACCUCCUUAUCUUUUGUAAAGGCACAGUGGAUUCUGUUGUUGGGGUCACUUCUGUCCUUGAUGUUUUCUAUGGAAUGUCUGGGCUCAAAUUAAAUGCUUCCAAAUGCGAAUUAUUUUCUGCUGGUGUUUCUCUUCCCUCUCUUGAGACUUUGAAAUCGCUUACUGAUUUUAAACUUGGCAGUCUGCCAAUAAGAUAUCUGGGAAUUCCUCUUACUACUAGGAAAAUUACUGAAUCGGAUUGCUCGACUCUUAUUGACAGUAUUAAAGCUCGAUUGCAUCAGUGGUCUUGUAACAUCCCAAAUUACGGGCAAAUCUUCAUUCCCUUUUCAGUCAUCAAAAAGAUCGAUCAGUUAUGUUCUAGAUUUUUUUGGAAGGGAAUUGAUAAACCUGCUGCUGGCGCCAUAGUGAGUUGGCAGAACAUUUGUAAGCCUAAAUCCAAGGGAGGACUUGGCCUGAAAGACUUGAAAACCUGGAACAAAGCUUGCAUGAUGCUCCUUAUUAAGGAUAUAUUGGCUGGGGAAGGUUCUUUGUGGGUGGCUUGGCUUGGUCAGUACAUUUUUAAUACCAAUGAUUUCUGGAAAGCUAAUGAUUUAUGGAAUAAGAUUAGGGUAAAGAACACUAAGGUGUAUUGGCACUCUCUGUUAUGGCACACCUCUUGGGAGACUCUCUAUGAUUGGGCUAUUGCUACUUGGAAGGGCAAAUCCCUCCUCACUUCUUUAAUGAAAAUCUCUUCCAAUGCUCUAAUUUACACAAUCCUGAAAGAAAUGAACAAGAUAAUCUUUCAAGGUCAAGCUUCCACUGAUGAUGUUAUGUUCAAAGCUAUCAAGGAAACGGUUGUAUUUCAUCUAAGGGGAAGACCUAUUAAUAGAUUUGAUACUGUUAAUAUUAAUCUUUGUAACCAAUGGGGUAUAAUUUGA